AUGAAUCGGAAAAGUGAAGAAACAGAAAAACAAAUCAUUCGUUAGUACUUGAAAGAUCUGAAAGUGCUGUUCUUGCACAAGUUCGUUAUAAAAAAGAGGACAGCAAAAGUUGGGUUGGAAGUUAAGAGUGAGCAGAUUUGCGGCAAAAGUUAUGCUUUUGUCAAGAUGUCAACUUGUGUUGAAUCUAGGAACACUAUAUUUCGAAAUGUAAUCAGUCGGAAAUAGUUUGGGUGUGUGUGUGUGUGUGUGUGUGUGGAAGAUGAGGCGUAGAGAAAUUGAAAAGAGCAAAAACAGACGAGCAGCUGUCUCACACCGGUGUGCGCUGUACGAACCUAUUCGGGCAGAGUACAAUGCCCUCUUGAAUGCCUCCGAAAUCAUUGUUUUCAGAUGAUUGUGCUGACUCACCGUGCGUCCUCAACGCCACUUGCGUCGAUCUUAUCAACGAUUACAAAUGCGACUGCCCCACCGGAUUCAGUGGAAAAAGAUGCCAUAUCAAGGGUGAGUACUGUUUACCCCAGCCAAUUCUCAUAAAAUAACCAUUCCGCCACGACCAAAACAAUGUCAUAGCUAUGUUUUCAGACGAUCUCUGCUCCGAUUCGCCGUGCGUUAAUGGUCUCUGCAUCGACAAACUCUUUGCCCGUCAAUGUCUGUGCGAGCCUGGAUGGAGCGGAUCGAACUGCGAUCAGAACAUUGACGAGUGUGCUGAUUCUCCAUGCCACAACGACGCCAAGUGUAUCGAUGAAAUCAACGGAUACAAAUGCGAAUGCUCCGAGGGAUACGAAGGAGUGCACUGCCAACAUCUCGUCGAUCACUGCUCCAAACAGCCGUGUCACAACAAUGCCACGUGCACCAACAUGGGAUCCACGUACCAUUGCGACUGUGCUCUUGGAUUCGACGGAGUUCACUGUGAAAUGAAUGUGGACGAGUGCUCUAACAAUCAAUGCGACAAGAACGGAACUGAAUCCUGCCAGGACGUGAUCAACGAUUUCAAAUGUGUCUGUAAACCAGGAUACACAGGCGCUCUCUGUGAUACGAAACUUGAUCAGUGUGCAGAUUCUCCAUGCCUAAACGACGCUCAGUGCGUCGACAUGGGCGGUGCAUUCAAAUGCGUCUGCAAGCAAGGAUGGACUGGUCCGAAAUGUGAGCAAGACAACGGAAGUUGUGCGGCGAAACCUUGUCGCAAUAACGGCUUCUGUGUUAGUCUCGUGGGUGAUUACUUCUGUGUCUGCCCUCCUGGAGUGUCCGGAAAGAACUGCGAAACGGCUCCUAAUCGGUGCAUCGGAGAGCCAUGCCACAACGGAGGCGUCUGCGGAGACUUCGGAUCCCAUCUCGAGUGCUCCUGCCCACUUCAGUUCACUGGUAAGGGAUGCGAGUUCAGGAACAGUGGAUGCACUGAAUCUUCGUGCAAGAACGGAGGAAAGUGUACCGAAUCGCCUACUUCUCCGUCUGCUAAAAAGUGCGAAUGCGUGUCCGGAUUCACUGGUGAUUCUUGCGAGACGAACGUUGACGAGUGCUCGAGUGCUCACUGCCCAUCCGGAGCCACUUGUGUGGAUCAGAUCAACGAGCACAUUUGCGUGUGUCCAUUCAAUUUGACUGGAGUUCACUGCGACAAGAUGAUCAAUACGAACUACGAUCUCCAGUUCCUCGACCCGUUCCGGCCGACGUCCGCUUCUCUCUACGCUCCUUUCCGCGUCGAAUCAUCCGCACUGUCAGUUGGAUUGUGGGUUAAGUUCGAGAAACCUCAUCAGAAUGCCGCAUUCUUCUCUUUGCACGAAUUUGGAAAUUCGAGCAAGGAACUCGUAAAGAUCAGCUCCAAUCUGGUCAAGAUAUCAUUGUUCGAUUACCUUCCUGCGAUAGAAAUUCCACUAUCUCAGCAUUUGAAUAACGGAAGAUGGAAUCAUUUUAUGAUCACUUGGCAGUCAAAUACUGGAUCUUAUUCGAUUAUCUGGAAUUCGUUGAAAACUUAUUCAAGCACAGGAUACGCAGUCGGAAGACAACUGGAUGUGAGCACGGGAAUCACUCUCGGAUCGUCUGCCCUUCCGUCGUUCGUAGGAUCCAUCGCAAGAGUCGGAGUCUGGAAUCGCGUCAUUGACUUUGAAGAAGAACUCCCUCUGAUGGUUCAGCACUGUCAGAGAUCAGAAGAGAUCUACAAGGGACUGCUGGUGAGAUUCGAAGGGUACUCGAAGAUUGUUGGCAGAGUGGAGAGAACUCACAAGUCGACGUGUGGAACGGAAGAGAAGGCAAUGUCCCAGCUGCAUGCCUCCAAGCCCAUUCUCGUCGAGGACUGUCCAUCUGACAUGGUCAUCUCUUCGAUGGACAGAGAAACGAAUGUUACGUGGCAGGAGCCAGCGUUUGUGGGAAUUAAUGACAUCGAAAAAGUGGAGAAGAACUUGAAGCAAGGGCAGAUGUUCACGUGGGGAGAGUACGAUGUUCUGUACAUCGCCACCGACAACGCCACCAAUCAAGCACAGUGCAACUUCAAGAUUCGAGUCGGAAAAGAGAACUGUGUAGACGCAUCCGACCCGGUAAACGGAGUGCAAUCCUGCGAGAGCUGGGGACCUCAGUUGAAGUACAAAGCGUGCUCGAUUGAAUGCCGCGAUGGAUUCGAGUUCCCUCGUCAGCCAGCGGUGUUCUACACGUGUGCAGCUGACGGGCACUGGAAGCCGAACAAGAAUCCGAGCACUAUGUUCAGAUAUCCGCAGUGCACAAAGUGAGUCUUCACCUGACCAGCAAUCGAAUAAAUGUUCAUUUCAGACACGUUCCUGCUACAAAGGUUGUGAUAAUCCGCAUAGUGUACGGUGCUUCUCCAGCCUGUACGGAAUCUUCGAAGGAAGCAUUCACUCAGAAGGUCCAGCAGACAAUCAAUGCCAUUGACACCAAGUGGAAAAUAUGCAGUCUGACGUAAGUUGUUCUUUUCGGAAGUUCAAGCAGUAAUUUCAACAAAACUUUUGAAACCGGGGCCCACUGCGCGGGCCGAGCUAACGCUCGCAAGCGGCUACGCCGCUUGUUCCUUUCUUAUAACCGUUAGGAUGUUCACGUGUUCAUUUCUCAAUUUCUCCGUCACAACUACUUUCGUUUUAGAAAGGAACGUGGGGACGGACAAACAGAGAAGUAAACAAAGAAACAAACAAACUGAGGGACAAAUCCGUGAAGAGUUAUAUUAAUAAGAAUGAUUUCAGAGACCAAAACGGAUGCGUCGGCACACAAGUUCGUGUGGAAUGCGGCAACAAGAGGCCGUCAGACGGACGUCGUCGCCGCGAAUCUAUUCUUGCGUCAGCGUUUGGCGUUGAAAUCGAAAUUCCGGUGAAACGAAGACUUCUGACUGAUCCGUCGUCAGGACUGGAGACGUCAAUCCGAGAUGCCCUGCACAAUGAGAUUCUUUCCGGAGUUCUCAACUUUGAAAAAGUUCUUCCAAACGGAAGACCUGAUGUUGGUUCACUGAAGAUUGUGGAGCAGUACAACUGCCAAGCAGGGCAGGUAGUCGUCAGAGAUCUUUGCGGUAAUUUCUGAAUCUUUAACUUACUCUACAUCUCAUUUGUUUCAGUGCCAUGUGCUCCGGGAACGUAUCACUCAGCAGCCACUGGUGAAUGCGAAAUGUGCCCGACCGGAGAAUAUCAGCCGUUGACCGCCCGUACCGAGUGUUUCAAGUGUGCAACUGGACAAAUAACUGCAAGCGAAGGAGCCAUUUCCGAAGGAGAGUGCAAGGAUAACUGUCCUCCCGGACACCAGUACGACCCGCUGACUUCUGGAUGCGUUGCAUGUGGCUACGGAUACUAUCAGCCGUCUUCUGGAUCUUUCGAAUGUAUUCCAUGUGGAAUAGGCAAAACAACUCUGUCCGAAUCGGCAACAAGCGAGGAUGAGUGCAGGGAUGAGUGUCCAGGUGAGCACAUCUUCCGAUGGUCCUGCAUUGAAUUUUGAGCAAACAUGUUUUCCGUACAAGAACACUCCCAAAACCCCUUUCUUCAUUCUCCAAAUCGGAGAGCCGAAAGUUCAUUUUGCAGACGGCGAGCAAUUGUCGGGGUCCGGAGUGUGUCAGCCGUGCCAAGUGGGUACUUAUCGGUCCCGAGGCGAAAACAAAAAGUGCGUCGCGUGUCCGCCGGGUACCACCACCGAGUCGGUUCUCUCCACCAGGCGCGAGCAGUGUAAUACACCGAAGUGCAAGGCCGGACAGUUCUUGGUCAAAGAGACGUGAGUUCCCGAAGACUUUCAGGCGAUCAUACAAUUGAAACAUUCCAGAAAGAACUGCCAGUUCUGUCCACGUGGAACUUUCCAAAACGAAGAGCAAGAGAGCACUUGCAAACUAUGUCCUCCCGAUCACACAACUGCUGCUCAGGGAGCCACUGCAGAGUCUCAAUGCUACUCGACAAAUCAGUGUGCGACAGGAGAGUACAACUGUUCGUGGCACGCAAAUUGUAUUGACUUGCCCGAUGAGAACGACGUGCCGAGCUAUGAAUGCAGGUGCAAACCGGGCUACAGAGGCAACGGAACCCACUGUACGGACGCUUGCAACGACUUCUGCCUCAACGACGGAAUAUGCAAGAAGAACAACAUCGGAAAUGUGGAGUGCAUUUGCAAAGAACACUUCAGCGGUGACAGAUGCGAACUGCGAUUCCAGUCGAAGUCCACGCGCAUGUCGCUCAUUGCCAUGGCCAUCGGCGGAGUCGUCGUCAUUCUCAUCAUCAUCGUUAUCAUUGUUUUUAUGAUUUCGUUCCGAUUCAACCAAGUGCAGGACACUGCCGAGAAGUCUCCUACUUUCGCCGACUUGUCUCCGAAUACCAAUAACAUUUUGUAUGGGUCACCGCCAGUUUGUAAGUCAUUUACGACGAACUCCAAUCUAAAUUAUUUUUAUUUUCAGGCGAACCGUCUCGAGCGUUUGGAUACUAUUACGAAGACGACGAUGUGUACGAGACAAAGUCCCGCGAAGUGAUCGGAGGAGCGGGCGGCGGCGGCGGAGGAGGUUCGGAACGUCGUCCCACCACUUCUACAGUUACCUCGAUGGGCGGGGCGAUGAGCAGAGCCAUCGAACAGCACAAGUACGAGCAGAGGAUGCGACAGGCCCAGCAGCAUAUGUACCAUCCGUCGAACAACAACAACGAUGAGUAG